AAGCCAUGAACUCUCCAGCGAGUUUUUCCCUAGGGACCACGGGCCCUCUUCUUAGGAAGCUCGAAUUGCUCCUAACUGCUGCCGAAUUCCGGUUGGCAAAACCACGCAGGGAUCGUGUCGAGCUCCUCAAGGAAGAUGUGGAAGAAAUCCUCGCAGCUCUCGAGGAGCAGUCCAUGGCCGAUUCUCCAAGCCACAGGGCAAGAUGCUGGAUGGACGAGGUGCGUGAGCUCUCCUACGACAUCGAGGACUCCAUCGACUCCAUGAUGCUGAGGCUCUCAAGUGCUAAGAACAAGGCCAGAUCCAGACCAUCGCACGGCCGCCACAAGGUCGGCCGUGUGAAGAUUAUUUCUGGGCAGCCCAAGAAACCGAAGCCGCGCACAUGGAUCGCCAUGACCACGGAGCUCAGGGCUCUGGUGCGUGAAUCCAUCGAGCGGCAUGAAAGAUACCGGCUUGAUGAUGGCUUGCCCUCGAGCUCAGGCUCCCACACUCGCUGCCGUGCUCUUCUCGCUGAGCGCCGGCAAGCUCCGCCGCCGCUCCAUGGGCUUGCUGAUGUCGUCGUCGGCAUCGACGAGCCGGUGACGAAGCUCGGCAGAUGGCUCACCGCCGGCGAGGAGGGCCCGGGCCCGCACCUGAAGGUGGCCGCCAUUGUUGGACCUCCAGGGAUUGGCAAGACGGCGCUUGCCACGAAGCUGUACCGUGACCAUAGGUGGCAAUUCGACUGCCGGGCUUUCGUGAGGGCAUCGCGAAAGCCCGACACGAGGCAGCUUCUUGGUGGCAUCCUGUCUCAAGUUCAGCGCCGUCGACGGCCAUCUGAUGCUGCCUGCUGCACUGACAACAACACGGUGCAAAGCCUUAUUGAUAAUCUCAGAGAGUAUCUCCUCCAAGAUAAGAGGUACCUUAUUGUAAUUGAUGAUUUAUGGGAUACAACAUUAUGGAAUAUUAUCAGUAAUGCUUUUCCAGAUGCUAUUAGUUUCAGUCGAAUAAUAAUAACAACAGAAAUAGAGCAUGUAGCUAUGGAAUGCUGCCAGUCUGAUUACAUUAUCAGGAUGAAACCUCUUGGCAGCCAUGACUCUCGAAAAUUAUUCUUCAAUAGAGUAUUUGGCUCUGAAGAUCAAUGUCCUGACCAGUUGAAGGAAUUUUCAAACAAAAUCAUAGAAAAAUGUGGUGGUUUGUCACUAGCAAUCAUCAUUAUAGUUGGUUUGUUAGCAACUCAACCGGGCAAUCCCGAGCUAUGGGAUCAUGUACAGGAAUGUUUAUGUUCCAAUCUGGGUACAAAUCCUACUUUAGAAGACAGGUUGAAAGAAAUACUGAACCUUAGUUACCAGAGUCUUCCUCAUUAUUUGAAGACAUGCCUGCUAUAUCUUAAUAUGUAUCCUGAAGGACAAACAAUUCUGAAGGCUGAUUUACUGAAUCAAUGGACAGCUGAAGGCUUUAUUAUCUAUAACAAUGAAACAAAAGACAUAAAGGAAGUUGCAGAUAGCUAUUUUCAUGAGCUUGUAAACAGGGGAAUGGUUCAACCUAUGCAGAUUAACAAGAAUGGCGAGGUGCUUUCCUGUACAGUGCACCAUAUCAUACUUGAUUAUGUUAUGCACAAAUCCAAAGAAGAGAGAUUUAUAACUUCAAUUGAUUAUUCUCAAGCCACCACAGGGCCUUGUGCCAUUGUUCAUCGACUGUCCCUUCACUUUAGCAGUGCCAAAUAUGCGAGUAAACCUGUUGGUAUAAUGUUCUCACAAGUUCGGUCACUCGCCUUUUUUGGACUCCUCAAGUGUUUGCCUUGCAUUAUGGAGUUCAAGCUGCUGAGAGUUCUAAGCCUUGAAUUUUGGGGCAACCAUAAUGGGCAGAGAUUGAACCUAACAUCAGUUUGCAGAUUAUGUCACCUGAAAUACUUGAAAAUUUCAUCCGAUAUAUUUGUAGAAUUACCAGCUCAGAUGUCUGGACUACUGUACUUGGAAACACUUGAAGUAAGUGCAAGAGUGUCAGCUAUGCCAUUCAAGAUUGUUCAUUCCCCCAGAUUAUUACAUCUCGGUCUUCCAGAUGGGGCAAACCUACCUGAUGAGAUUGGUUCCAUGAGAUCUUUGCGUACACUACAAUUUUUUUACGAUGGAAAUAGCUGUAUAGACAAUUUACGCAGCCUUGGCAAUCUGACAAACCUGCAGGAUCUUCAUCUCAUCUAUUCCGCAACGUCAUCUAAGAAGAAUCUGAAGAAAGAUCUGACAGCUCUAGCUUCUUCUCUUAGCAAGCUUGUCAACCUUAGAUCUCUCACUCUAUCACCUAGUGCUGCAGGCAUGGUCAUCUUCUUUAGCAUCUCAAAGGCCAUGGAUUCCAUUUCUACGUUUCUACAGAGACUUGAGCUUUUGCCAUCAAUCUUCACCUUUCACAGGCUUCCCAAGUGGAUUAGGCAGCUCCAAAAGCUCUGCAUUUUGAAAGUUGCUGUUAGAGAACUUCUGACAAGUGACAUUCAUAGCCUUACAGAAUUGCCUUCCCUCACAGUUCUCUCACUUCGUGUCCAGACAGUUCCAGAGGGGAAAAUCAUCUUCAGAGAAGGAGCAUUACCAGUUCUCACGUAUUUCAGAUUCGAGUGUGGUGCCCUCUGCCUGGAAUUCAGGCCUGGAGCAAUGCCCAAUCUUCAGAGACUCAAGCUAGGUUUCAACACUGAGCAGGAGAGUUAUGUCAAUAUGCUUGCUGGCAUUGAGCACCUUUCAAACCUCCAGCAUAUCGCUGCACGAAUUGGGACAGACGCGAGUGUUGGUGAAUUUGAUAGGAGGGCCGUUGAGUCAGUGUUCAAGAAAGCUAUCACCAAGCACCAUAGGUGUCCUAGCUUCAGUGUACAAUGGUUGGCUCCGAGUAAACAAGAAUGGCAUCCUUCAGAGAAACAGCAGAAGAGUCAAGAAAAAGGCUCAUCAUCUGGAGAAUAUGUGAAUAUCAAACUAGGAUCAGCAGAAGAUACUGAUAAACCAUCAAGCAAGGAACAGUCAAGAGCGCAACAUAGGUCAUUAGCUGGACAAGAUUUGACAGAGGGAUCUUUUACGGUGCUCCAUCGAACCUCCAGGAAGUUGCAGGCAAAGCAUAUGGAGCCAUUGGAUCAUAAUGAGUUGAGUUUAGAUGACCUAGAGGUAAUCCAAGUGAUCGGAAAAGCUAGUAGUGGAGUGGUACAGUUGAUUCGCCACAAAUGGACUGGCCAAUUUUUUGCUAAGAAGGAUCUACAAGUAAAUAUCCAGGAGAGCAUACGCAGACAGAUUGCCCAGGAAUUGAAAAUUAGCUUGUCAACACAGUGCCAAUAUGUUGUUACGUGUUGUCAGUGUUUUUAUGUCGAUGGUACUGUUUCAAUUGUUUUGGAGUACAUGGACUGUGGAUCUCUCUCGGAUUUACUGAAGACAGUUAAAACAAUUCCAGAGCCCUACCUUGCUGCAAUCUGCGAGCAGGUCUUAAAAGGACUGGUGUACUUGCAUCAUGAGAAGCAUAUCAUACACAGAGAUCUAAAGCCAUCAAAUAUAUUAAUAAAUCACUGGGGUGAAGUAAAAAUAUCCGAUUUUGGUGUUAGUGCCAUCACUGCUAGUUCGGGUGCAAAACAAAAUACAUUUACUGGAACAUAUAAUUACAUGGCGCCAGAAAGAAUCAUGGGGCAGCAACAUGAUUAUAAGAGCGAUAUCUGGAGCUUGGGCCUUGUUAUGCUCGAAUGUGCCACUGGUAAUAACGCAUAUCUUCCCCAAGAAAGCUUUUAUGAACUUCUUGAAGCUAUUGUCGACCAACCACCACCUUCUGCUCCAUCAGACCGGUUUUCAGAGGAAUUCUGUUCGUUUGUCUCUGCAUGCAUGCUAAAGAAUGCUUCAGAUAGGUCAUCUGUAGAACUGUUGUUGAAUCAUCCAUUCCUGAGCAUUUAUAGUGACAUGGAUAUAGAUCUUGCUUCAUACUUCAAAAACGCUGGAUCUCCGUUUGCCAUCUUCAGUUCAGAAAUGCAUACUGAAUUCAGCAGACAAAAUGAAGCGGAGGCUAAGUCACAACUUACAAGUGAAUCUACAUUACAGUUAUCGCAAGGCAUCACAGAUGACCUCUCAAGCGAACAAGAGAUUGAGCAGGAUAGAUUUGGAGCGGCUUAUAGGGAUGCGCUGUAUGGCAACAUGGGAAGAUGGUUCUUGUGAAGAAAGCUUGAGAGAAUACCAGGAAGUUCAUGGCAGACAGUUUUCAGAAUGAGAUUAACAAUCUACUGGAGUUGGAACACAAGAAUAUUGUGGAGCUAAUUGGUUCUUGCUGCUAAACACAUGGAACAAUGGCAUCAUUGCUGUGAAGACACUUUCUGAUAUCCAGAUUGAAGAUGAGUCAUUUCUACCCUAUAGUGCAUCAAGUGAGAUCCUCACUCCUCACUUCUGCAUCCUCAAAUCCAACGGACCAUCUUGAUCCUCAAAUCCAACGGAUCAUUUGCCUCGCCCUCACUCACCCGCAGACGCCGCUUCGCCAUCACCCCUCGCCCUCGCCCUCGCCCUCGCCCUCGUAUGUGUCACCGCCACCCCUCCACUGCACCGCCCGCAACCGACGCCGCCUCUCCGCGUUCCGCCUGCGACCUUACACUCACCUUGCUAAAAAAAGCUUGGGUUUGGCCAUUCUCUUACACUCACCUUGGACACCCUGUGUUAAAGAAGUUUGGUCGUAUGGAUUCUUAUGCACUGCAAGGUUGAGAAGCACAAUGACGAAGAUGUCAUUGUACUUAAUCUUUACCCCAAGAGUCCACAUGUAAUAACACCACAUAUGUUGGAAAUCAUACAUGGCAUUCCACGUGCUAGAACUGAAGGGACUAAGGAAUUUCUUGAAUGCCCAAAUGUUGAAUUGGAGGACCUUCAAAAUUUUAUCUCAGAAAACAUUCCGAAGAAUAGUAAUAAGGAGAAUAUUAAUGUUGCUGACCUUAGAGCAGUGUGUUUAGUUGAUAAGGGGAUAAGGGCUUUAUGAUGGAACUCAGGAUUUUUCUAGCAAUAUUGUUUACCAUUUCAUCCUUUACAACCUCUUCUCUUUAUCUUACUAAUAAGAAUCUAAAAUAUGUAUUGGACAUGAAGUCAGUAGCUACCAUCGACUGGUGAAAGCUAUUAUUUGAUCAUUUGAUUCGGAGCAUUGAAAGAUUCCAAAAAACUAUGUUUGU